CUUUUGUAAAUCACCCCCUCCCCCCACCAAGGCUCUAGAUUAUCGGCUACGGACAUUUUGGCGUGUUUCGCGGCACCCGGUAAAGCAGGAUUACUAGAAAACAAAGAAGAAUGGAAGUUCUGCGGCCAUCACUGAUCAGAAUUGGAAGAUGUGUUUACAGGAAAACCCAUAUUCGAGAGCACGCCCACCAACAUGAAGAGGAGGAAGAUUUCUAUGCAGGUCCUGGGGAUAUUGCAGAUGAGCCCUGUGACGCCUUUGUGGUGGAAGAAACUGAAAGAGGUUACCAAUGUGCUGUGGACGUUCCCAGCCCACUAUACAAGUAUAUAAUAGGAAAGAAAGGAGAAACAAAAAAGAAACUAGAAACAGAAACCCGAACUUCUAUCAAUAUUCCUAAGCCUGGUGUAGAAGGAGAAAUUGUGAUUACAGGACAACACCGGAAUGGUGUUAUUUCAGCUCGCACACGAAUUGAUGUUCUUGUUGAGAGCUUUCGCAAGAAACAGCCCUUCACACACUUUCUGUCAUUUGCACUCAACCAAGUUGCAGUUCAAGAAAAGUUUCUACAGUUCAAGAAGGAAGUGUUGGAGAAGUGCUCAAAUGACUAUGGUGUCAGCAGUAGUUUGUUCCAGAAUCCAGCAAAGCUCCAUCUGACUAUUGGGACACUGGUACUCCUGAAUGAACAGGAAAUCCAGAAAGCUCAGGAACUCCUGCAGAGAUGUAAAGAAGAUUUUGCUGACACAAUUGCUGGAGGCAAACCGCUAACAGUGGAAGUAGCAGGCAUAGAAUACAUGAAUGAUGAUCCAGCCAUGAUGGACGUUCUGUAUGCAAAAGUCCACAUGAAGGAUGGAUCCAACAAGCUGCAGCUAAUAGCAGAUAGACUGAUGGAUCGGUUUGUGGCCUCUGGGCUGAUGAUGAAAGAGUGGGAUAGAGUGAAACUCCAUGCCACUGUCAUGAACACAAUCUUUCGGAAAGAUCCUAGUGCUGAAGAGCAAAGUAACAGAACUGCAGGCAAAUCUUUCAAGGAAAGGGAGUCAUUUGAUGGCCGAAAGAUAUUGAAGCUCUUUGAAAACUUCUACUUUGGAGAAGUGCAACUGAAUUCAGUCUACCUCUCUCAGCGAUUCUCAACAGACAGCUCAGGUUACUAUGCAACGUCUGGGCAGCUCACUUUCUCUUGAAGUGCAAUCUCAUCUUGCCCAAACAAUUGUAUCUGAUGACAUUAGAACUGCAUGAUACACAAGAUGAUGAUGAUGAUGAAGAUGAUGAUGGAGUCCUUCUGAAUCAACACUAGCACUUUGCAGUCUGAAUUUGCAAAUCCACAAUGAUCUGAGGCCAGUGAAAACAUGCCUACAUAAUCAAAUAAGUUGUUUUGGUUGUUUGUUCUGGAUAUAGAAAAAAUAAAAACAUUUGCAUUUAACAGCCUUUAUGUUAGCUGUAAAUA